AUGAUUGCAACUAAAGAGAAUAUUUUUCCAAAGAAAUACAGAGGUAGAUUAACUGAGGGUGUCACUUAUGAUUAUAGAACAAAUUCAUUAUUAUGGAUAGAUAUCAUAGCUGGAGAAGUUCAUAGAAUUAAUGCUACAGAUGGUACAAAUCAUGAAAUUUUAAAAUGGGAAUCACCAACAGAAUCAAUUGGUGCAAUUGGAUUAACUUCAAAUCCAGAUAUUAUAUUAGUUUGCAGUAAAUAUGGAGUUGCAUAUGGAAAUUUUAUUAAUUCUACACUUGAAUAUUUUUUCAAAUACCCACAUGAUGAAUCACAACAAAUUAGAUUAAGAUCAAAUGAUGGUAUUAUUGAUCCAUGGGGGAAUUUAUGGAUUGGUGUAAUGAAUGAUUUUAAAAUUGCUAAAAAUGAAGGAAUUCAACCAGAAGGUGGAUUAUAUAGAAUUACACCAGAUUUGAAAUUUGAAAAAAUGAUUGGAGAUGCAUUAAUUCUGAAUGGACUAGGAUUUAAUGAAAAAGGUGAUGAAUUUUAUUGGACUGAUUCAUUAACUUUUAAAAUUUGGAAAUUUAGCUAUGAUAAAUCAACUAAUAAAUUGUCAAACAAACAACCAUUGAUUGAUUUGAAAGAAUUAUAUCCAGAUAUUGAAAGUCCAGAACCUGAUGGAUUUGUAAUGACUGAAGAUGGUGAUAUUUAUACUUGUAUUUUCAGUAGUGGAACAAUUCUUCAUGUUAAUAAUAAAGGUGAAGAAAUUGAAAGAAUUAAAAUUGAUAAUGCCAAAAGAAUUACUUGUAUAACUACUGGUGGGGAAAAUAAUGAUACAUUUUACAUAACUACAGGUCAUUUAGAAUUGGAGACUAAUGACGAAUUAAUUCCUGAUGCAAAUAAUGAAUCUGAUGAUGAUUUAGGUGGAUUUUUAUUUAAAAUAGAAACAAAAUCAAAUUUAAAAGGUCAGAAAAAGAAUAUUUGGGGUGGUAAAAUCUAA